AUUGUAAUUUAGGUCACCAAAUACACUGUGGAGGGUAAAAACUGUGCUUCAUUUAUUUUAACUGUCCCUUAAUCAUUUUUAGAGUAAACUUUAAUAGCCACAUUACUCCAGUAAAAGUCAUGUAUUAAAUUGACAUAAAAAUAUUUUUCAUGAGAUGUGAGAAGUCAUGGAAGAUGUGGAUGAGGUGGAGCAUUUUUUCGGGGUGUAUUUACUAUACUGUAAAAAUCCAAAAUACAAAGGUCGAACGUAUAUCGGAUAUACAGUAGACGCGAAACGAAGAAUCAAGCAACAUAAUGCUGGUGCAAAAUUCGGCGGAGCCUGGAGAACUAGUAACAAGGGUCCAUGGACUAUGGUGCUGAUAGUUCAUGGAUUUCCAAAUGAUAUUUCUGCACUAAAAUUCGAGUGGGCCUGGCAGCAUUCUGAUGUUAGCCGACGUCUUCGCCAUGUUCCAAAAAAGAAAAGCAAACAGAAAACAUUUGAUUAUCGAAUUUCUGUGUUAAAUGAGAUGCUGAAGAUUGGCCCUUGGUGUCGUUUACCUUUAACAAUACGAUGGCUGGAUUCUGAAUUUGCUAAUGAAUAUUCCAUGCAAGUGUCACCGCCUUUGCAUAUGCCUAUCAGUUAUAGCAAGGUUGUGUCCCGGAAGAUCGGUAAGAAAAGUAAAAAAAAGAACGCGCUAGAAAGAAAAGAUCUAUUGGACGAUCUCGAAUCGAUUUUAUGUUCUAUUUGUGGAAAAUUCGUCGGAUCAAAUGAGAAAUUAACGUGCGUGAAACCUGGUUGUUUUCUCAUAUCCCACAUUGUAUGUCUCGCUGAAAAAUUUAGCACGGACGAUAUGAUCUUACCAAUCGAAGGUACAUGUCCGUUAUGCAAUACAAAUAUUUUAUGGGGAGAUUUAAUUAGAAAGAAAAUAGGCUGUUAUACAGACUUGAAAAAAUCCAGUACUGAUUGCGAUAGCAGUGAUUACGAUUAGUAAGAAAUAAUUAAUUUAAAUAGCACAGGAUUCUUGACACUUUAUUUUACGAGAUAAAAAUUUUGUACAUUUUUUAAAUAUCCUGCGAACACUACUAUUGUAAUGUCACAAUAUAUUAUGAAAUAUGUGUAUAUAUAUGGUAAAAUCAUUUAAAAUUAUAUAUAAAGUUUGAGCCUUUUUUGCUCGUCAAUUAAUUGAAACAAUUUUAUAAUUUUAGAUAUUUUUUAAGACAGUGAUUAGAGAGCUGUUCUACGAUUGAUACUUAAUAAACUUGUUAUGUGUACUUGAUACGCGUUUGGGCGUGGAAAAUCAUUGGCCGUUAAGAAUUCAAGCGUCAUUGACGAUGAAAGUCCCACCACGAUUUGACACAGAUACUCCAUAUUGGUUUUGGCAUGCAAUUAGUACUCGUCUGAAGAACCGUUAACGGAGUGUUGGUACGUGUUCAAAUAGUAUAUUCAAAUCUUAUAGAACUAACGGAAAGGCAGUUAACGUGAUUGAAAGAAAGUUAUUUCCUUAUACGCUUUAUUUGAGCUCUGACUGGUUUUUACAAAAGAAAAAUUCCAAGAACACUUUUGUACAAAGAAUGCGUAUAAUCUCUAUGAAAAUGAAGACCUCUUUUAUGAGAUUAGUCUAUUUUUUUACGUGCUAUAAUACAAAUAUAUUAACAAUAAUUAGUAUAAAAGGAUUUCAUUAAUUGUAUAUCUAGAAUAGUUUGAUCAGUUGGGCGAUUAUUAAUAGACAAAUAAAUAAAUAAAUACAAAUAAA